UCAAGCACCGUCUCGCUCUCAUCUCCGACGACCCACUCAGUCGGCGCGACCGUCUCAGCUACUACGAAGACCCAGCAGCGCCGUUUUCUUCCCUCUCAAUUCGAACAGAGCUUCUUUUGAAAAUGAAUGGCUACCCACCUGAUCGUAGUUGGGUAUAUGAUAGACUUAACCCUCGUAGAGGGGGGUUGAAACCCGCCUUUAUAUCUGGUGUUAAAGAGUUUGUAAGAAAGGCAAAAAGUCGACCUCAGUUUGUAAGCGAUGGUGGAAUCAGAUGUCCUUGUGACAGGUGCACGUGUAGGCGUAUACAGUCUGCAUGUAGAGUCAAACUUCACUUAUAUUCCACCAGACAUAGUGAACUUAUGGUAUCAAAAAUUUGGUAGUUAUGUUGCUUGGCUGCCUGAGCAUGAUUAUCAGAUUAAGAAAAUCUUUGAAUCCAAAGGCUCGAGGCGUCUUUCUGAGAUGUACAUGGAAGCGAGGAACAAGCGUGAACGCCCAUCUUGGAUAGGUGAGGAUGCUUGGAAAGAGCUUGAUAUUGAGUGGAAGAAGCCAGCCUAUAAAGCGAUAUCACAGCGAAAUAAGAAGAAUCGUAAUUCUGCUAAAGGUGGGUCUGUCCAUACUGGCGGAUCCAUAACUUUCACCGAGCAUACCUUACGGAUGGCUGAAGAGUUGGGUAGAGAACCCACAGUGGAUGAGGUCUUUUUAAGAACUCACAUUCGUAAGAAGGACUCAACUUGGGUUGAUCUUAGAUCUCAAAACACUUAUGGUAGUUUCCAAAGUAAUUUGAAUCAGGCCUCAGAAGGUGCAGAUGAGAGUGGCUCCCAAAUGGUCGACUCUGCGACUCGUUUAAAACUGUGGGCCAAAUCUGUUGGGGGGAAAAAUCGAGGACGUCUAUAUGGUGUAGGAGAUAGGUCCUCGAAUUAUAGACCAGGUGUUUCAAGUCUCGCCCCAGACACUGUUCCAUCUAUGGGUUGCAGCCAAGUUUCAUCCCAUUAUUCUCAUGAGAUGGCAACACAGUUGGCCACACUUGAGGAGCGAGCAAAGGCAGCAGAGGAUGAGGUUCGGAAUACAAGGGAGGAGCUUAGGCAAGCAGAGCUUAAGCGACAAAAGGAAGCUCAGCAGUCAGAACAGCGUGCUGCAGAGUUCCAAAUGCAGCUGAUAGCGUUGACAAAAAGUGUAGCUGCCAUGCAGGCCGAGCCCUCCCGUCGUCGACGUCGUCAUCCAGAUUAUGAUGAGGAUGAGUCAGAGGAUGGGUCCGAGGAUGGGUCCGAGGAUGGAUCCGAGGAAGGGUCUGAGGAUGAAUCCGAGGAUAACGAGGAAAAUUGAUAUUUAGUUUGUGUUGUUAUUAUGACUUCAUCUUAUGCUUAGAUUAUUAACGGUGCAUUUUGUUAUUAUUACCGAUUAAGCUUAGACUUGUGGCUACAUCU